AUGUGGGUCGAUGAUCAUAUUUUUCAUGAUUGGUGGGAAAACAAAGAACAUAUGGAGAAAGCAAGUACACUUGGCACACAAGUGAAUGUUCAUUUUAUUCCAAAGUCGAGUACUGAAAGCGCAUUAGCAUUUCUCCGUUCAGAAUUUGGAUUAAGAUUGAAAGAUUCUGACACAUUUCGUAUUGUCACCGAUAUGAAUCGAGACAAUGAGAGUUCGCCUGGCGAUGCAGGUGCUCGCCUUCUCUAUGAAGUACGAAGACUUGGCUAUCAUCAAAAAUGUCUUAUAUUUACCGGCGAUGCAGCUGCAGCACGUGCAAAGCUUAACAAGAGCUUCAAAAGCAAUCAAUUGGGUGAUGUGAAGAUAACGGAGAUUCCAGAAGAUCUUGAAUCUUUUGUUCUCUUCAAAUAA